AUGGAUGAUCUGAUAGCUUCUUUUGCGGCAGGUAGCCACAGCCAAAGAGACAACGUUUGGUCUGAUAUUACUCCUUUUCCUACGGCUUCAGCUACCGAGGAUGUAAUUUCAGAGGUUGCUGCUUCUGAAAUCUAUAGUUGGAAAGAUAAUGCUGUUCAGUUAGAUCCUUUUGAUCUUGGCGAUCUAACUAUCCAAUUGGACGAUCUUUAUGGUCGUCAAAACCCACCAAAAAGAAUAUCCCUGGCUUCCAAGAGCUAUGUUGGAAUCACCUCUACUUCUGAUUCUGUUUUUCAUAGGUUAUUGCGACUAGAUACUCCUCAGCAUGGCCUACCCGAGCUCAGACAUGGUUCUAUUAAUAAAUUGCUUCGUGAACAUAUGUCCUUUUGGAGCCAAGAGAGGACAAACGUUCAUCGAAAAAGUGGUGCAGUCUUCUGCUGGUCUACUUCCUACAAGAAAGAAAAAUCAAAAGACCGUAUUCUUCUUAGCAGUCCACCCUCUAAGUCCUCCGGUUCAAAGUCUCCCCGAAACACUGUUUUAUUGUCGCCAAAUAUAACGCAGUCUCCCGUCAGAAAAAGUGAAGCUCCAUCUAAGCCUUCUUUGGGUAACAAGGAAUUGCUGACGAACAAUCCACCGUUGUCAAAGGACCGUCAACUAACAUUGGUGCAUUCGUCUUCAAAAAAUGAGAAUGUCCCUCUUUCUGACACUUCCUCGCCCAUUUCUGAUGAAAAGAUGAAAACCAUACAACCAAAGAACGUUGAAGUUUCUAAAGGACGCUCCGUGUUAAGUACCCCCGAGGUGGAAGCGCCGGAGCUCCAAGACAGAAAUCAAUCAGUUCCUGAGAAUAUGGAAAUGUCACCUUUAAAAUCAAAUCCAGCACUAUUAAUGAAAAAUAGCACCACAAGAAAAAGCUCAGAUAGAACAGAUGAAAGGAAUUCCAUGCCUUCGACGGAAUGGGGUGAUUGGAUGAGUGCAAAAACCGAUUCAUCAUCAAGAAAUUUCGAUAGUCGGCAGAGCGAUUUAUUAAUUCUUUCAUCUCGUAGUGGAUCGGAAAGAGAAAGGUAA